UAUUAUACUAGUUUACCAGUAUGCCUUUCAAGAGAAGGUAGGUAAAGUGAUUUGAGUUCGCCGAAGUAAAAAGAGAGAAGAAUAAGAAGGACUCACCAUGUUUAGAAACCACGGACGUUCUAAGAAGGGACGAGGUCAUGUUAAGCCUGUGAGAUGCACUCACUGCGGUCGCUGCGUUGGUAAGGAUAAGGCCGUCAAGCGUUUCCAAGUGAGAAACAUUGUCGACGCUUCUUCCCAGCGUGAUAUCCGUGAUGCCUCUGUUUACGAACAAUAUACUCUUCCUAAGUUGUACAUCAAGCAGCAGUACUGCGUGUCCUGCGCUGUCCACGGUCGUAUUGUCCGUGCUCGUAAGGUGGAGGACAGACGCAUUCGCGAGUACGUGCGCCCUCAGUUCAAGGGAGAGCGUAAUUAGAAUGCCGGAUCUGGUGAAAGGGAUAAUAUGAAGUA